UGUAACUUGCCGCCAUGUAGUCUUAGUAAAGAUGUUGAAGUAAUUCUUAUGAUUUUGUUUUAUAGAAGCCACGCCCAGAUUCUGAAUCCUAGAAUUGUAUUGGCUAUACUGUCGGACACUGAAGACCGUAUUGGCUGUUUUUCUUUCAUAAGGGUCUCAAAGAACUCAGAGAUUUGGAAUAUUGGGUUACAGUGUGGCAAAAUGGCGACUGUCAUUCAGAAUCCACUGAAAUCACUUGGUGACCAGUUCUACAAGGAGGCCAUUGAGCACUGUCGCAGCUACAAUGCCCGUUUGUGUGCGGAGCGCAGCGUACGCAUGCCCUUUCUGGACUCUCAGACGGGUGUCGCUCAGAACAACUGUUACAUCUGGAUGGAGAAGCGUCACCGAAGACCAGGGUUGGCAGCAGGUCAGAUGUACACCUACCCAGCGCGUUGCUGGAGAAAGAAGAGGAGACUUCAUCAGCCAAUUGACCCUCAGCUUCGCCUUUGUGAACUCCGACUUGAGGCUGAGCUGAUGGCCAAGAGAGAAGCUCCACCCACAGAGGCCACAGCCCUGGAGGCACUGUUAAGGGGUGACGGGCUCCUGGACAAGAGGAACAACAACCCUAAAGAGGAAGAGACAUUGCUGGAAAUCCAGAGGGUGCUUGAGGCAGAUGAAAAUGGGGAUGGUUUCCAUGAUGAUGAGGAUUUUGAAGUGGACACACCAAAGAGGAAGCAUCGAAACAAAGGCAGGAGUCGAGGCUCUGGACGCAGGCGAACAGAAGCGGUGGCCAACGAUGAUCAGGAUAAACCCUACGUGUGUGACAACAGAUACAAACAAAAGCAUAACUCAAAAACUACUGAUGCAGUUUGUGGAAAACGUUACAAAAACCGCCCUGGACUAAGCUACCACUAUGCCCAUACUCAUCUUGCUGAAGAGGAGGGUGAGGAAGAGCGAGAAACAGAAAUACCCCAGUCUCCUCCUGUCCACCCUGAGAACCACAAACCACAGAAAGGGCCUGAUGGCACAAUCAUCCCCAAUGACUACUGUGACUUCUGUCUGGGUGACUCUGGCUCCAAUAGGAAGACCGGCCAAGCUGAGAAGCUGGUUUCCUGCUCAGACUGUGGCCGCUCUGCUGAUCGCAUCGGUGGGACCAGGGCGAAGAGGAGGACGGGUGGAGUUCUGGACAUGUUCGGCGACACAUCCGAAAGCGAGGCAUCCACCUUUCAUGGCUUUGAGGAGGACGACCUGGACGGGCUUCUGUCCGAUGUCAGCACAGGCUCACCUCAGUGCAGAUAGACAAAGAAUUGCAAGCACUGAAACUGAAAAAACUAAAAAGCUUCAGAGGAACUUUUGGCAUGUGUCUGUUGCCUGUUUUUUUGUUUUUCUUCUUUCUGUUGUUUUGCUGCAACAUGCAUAAUGGAUUCACAUCUUCAGACACAACGUUAAAUUCAGGAAUUGCUUUCAAAAGACAAGCUGCAACCUUUUCUAAAUUAAGGAAUGUUGUUUUUAUUGCGUCACACUUCUGUAUACAGAGAGGUGCUAUUGGACAGAUGAGCCAUUUCUUUCGGACUGUUUUUCAUUAUAGAAAUUUGCAGGGACAUUACCAAUGUGUGGAAAUGGAUAACAUAUCACCAUGUACUGUAAGGUAGAAUGCCACCUAUGUGGAAAUUCACUUUUGAAAUAGAAUUUAUAGAUUUGCAAAUGUAACCUCAAGAUCUUAAAAGGAAGAAAUACUCAGCAUGUGUCUGUAGGUCGGCAAGUGAAGAGGGUUUUUUUCUCCUAUUUCUGGAUAAAUACUAUAUUUGCAAAGAAAAGGGAUCACAAGAUUUGGCCCAGAGUCCAAUGGAGAGGCAGAGAAUGGGCUAAGGCCAGGCCCUGAUUGGAUCCAGAGGAAAGGCAGGACAGUUUGCAGAGAGGUAAGAGCCAAUAGGCAUUUAAAUGUCCAUCUCUCCUCCAUUCUCAGGACAGCUUCUAAAAAAUAAUAAUUAUUAUUAUUAUUUCAAAUCAGCUUGCUGGAGGAUACAUGAUGCUUGGCCUCUCCCUAGUUGUGUUGGGUAACCAAAAGAAAAGUAGAGUGACUUAUUGUAAGGAUGGACUAUUUUUUGAGUAACUUCCAUUUACAGAUCAUAUUCAGGAAGCCCUUAAAGCUGAAGUGUGUCAUCUCUGUGCCACUUUUUCCACCAAACAGAAUUGCAAAAAUAAGGAUGGUUUUCGGAACGCUCAUCCUGCCAUAGGUCAACAAAACAGAUAAUCCUGGCCUAAACAUACUUCAUUGGUUGAGCCAGUCAUGUUGUGUCAGGCUGGGGUGCAUUUCCCAAAUGCGUAAUUAGCCAGCUAUGGUCUCAAGUUCCAUUGAUACCAACAUAGUUCAACAAUUUGGUGUUUUCCUGAAACUGACCCUCCACCUGUGGUUAAAAUUAUAGUUCCUUGUUAGUUUGCUGUGUGGACAUCAUUUCACAUUGGUGAGGCUUCUUUAUCUUUUAUUCCAUAUAUAUAUUUAAUUUUGUCAAGACUUUGACAAUGUUUAAUUGCACUUCAGAAAAAUGGCAUUGCAGGGUUUGCCAGAAAGUGGUUUAAACGUCACGUGAACGUGGUUGCAGCCUUUUAAGGGAUUUAAGGCUGUUAAGAGAAAGCUCUUUAACACAAGUUUCAUUUAGAGAACCAGCAUAUGUGUCCAUGUUAACGCAUAAGUAGCGUUCUGAUUGAAGAAGGCAAAUGUGCGUGUGUGCUUAAGUGUGUCGGGGGAACCCCAAAAUCUGAUUUAAAGAUAAACCCCAGUUGCAGCAAAACGUAUCUAGCUCAAGAAGCUUUCGCGCAUUAAACAGCUUUCUUGAGUAUGUGUAAAUGAGGUGUUAUAAUUUGAUAUCCACAGAAAUUAUUACUCCACCCCCUGUGUAACGUCAUUAACGACAGCUUUAUAUUGUUGAACCAACGUGGUUCGAUUGACGGAUGUGCUUUGGAUUACUAUGGUUUUGAGAAACAUUUGUGACUAGCGUGUUCAUUUCUCCAAUGAUGCAUACUCUGAUCAUACUAUGGUAUUAAGCAUUGAGUUAGGUAGUUGCAUGGGAAACACACCCCUUGUUGGGAUGCUCAAACAAACAGAGCAAUGUUUUGGUAGCGCCAUAGAGCCAAUGUUGACAUCUUAUGAAUGCCUUACAUAAAGUUGUGAAAAGAAAUUAGAUUGAAAAAAAAUUAAACACUUCAGCUUUAAAGGAAGGUCAUUUUUAUGGACGGGCACAACUGUUGCAAAUGUUCAAUGAUUCUUAUGAUCUUAUGAUGUAAUGAAGACUUUGACAUGACAUGAAAUCGCAUCUGGAAUGUUCAUUUCAGUGAAAGGACGAUAAGAGCUUUGAGUAUUGACCACUUUGUAAACUGCAAAUAAUACACUGGAUUGCAAGCACAUAAAGCAUCCUAAAUUCAAUAGGAAAAUGCAUAGAAAGCAGAAUACAUGCAGUUAAGGCACAAUACACAUUACUUAUUGUACAGUGACAUCACCCAGUUAAUAUGGGGGUAUUUCCUUGUAUCCAUUUGUAUUAUCAAAAUGAGGUAUAUUUGCUCUUUAAAAGCUCUUCUAUUUAUUGUCACAGUGAACUAAUCUGUCUCUUUUCAAUUGAAAUUGAAAAAUGUUAAUUGUUAAUGCUUUCAAUCUUGUCUCUAUUUCAGGGAGUUCAUUUUUUGAAAAUAAUAAUAUAAUUUAUUAAAAUAUUGUAUAAUGUACAGUAUAUAGGUCCACAAAAUGUUGCAGGCUAAAACGUGAUGUACUAUAACAGCUCCUAAUGCUAUUUCUUCCAGUGUCUAUAUUUCUGAAAAUGUUUAAAAUUCAAAGUUUUAAGAGGCCAAAGUGCAUCAUGAUUAGAGAUGAUGCUUGGAAUGCAGACCCAUGGCUAUCUAAACCUGGCACAAACCACACAACAAGUAUAUUUCAUUGAACAUGUUCUCUAUGCUGUGGUAGAGUCCUGUUACCCCAAAUGUCAGACUGCAAGUCUUUCACUGGAUUUGCUACUGAAAAAACAUUAAACAUUUGACUUGUGAAUUACGCUUGAGUUAAGUUUGUUUCAAGGAAAGAUGAUAAGAAACACAAAACAAUUUAAUUAUAUAAUUUGUUUAACUGUAUCUUUAGGGUGAUUAUACAACUCAUAAAUAAUAAGUGAUUGUAUGUAUGUGGUACACUAAUUGUGCUCUUUAAAAAGUUUUACACUUAUAAAAUAUCUCUAAAAUGAUACACACACAUGUAGCGGGUCACUUCAGGGGCAGAAUGAAUACGAUUCACUUUAUCUUGGUAACCCCCCUGUUAUUGGACACUUAAUUUAACAGAAUAAAUUAAUCUGACUGAAUAAAGCAUUUCUAUAGUGGCUUCAGUAUCUCUAAACUGUUGCUUUUGUGUGAUACUGCAUCCGUGCUGCACAAGACUACUAAAAUAUUGGCCAGUAUAAUGUUAACUAAAAAUGAUUGAGUGAAUUUUAAAGAAUUCUUUCACAUCAUCUGAAUUUUUAAGUAUAAAAUGAUACAAAAACACAAUAAAUCAGUCCUGUUUCCAUGCACUUGCAAGAAAAUAAAAGGCCAGCCAUGUGUAUCAAGACAAAAGAUGCAUGUCUAAAUCCUGGAAUAAUAUUCACAACAUAAUAUUGCAUGUGAAUACCAGGGACAGUGCCCGAAAGAAGAAAGAGGCAGCAAUGCUUAUGAAACUCCCUGUAGUGAAAGAGCUUCACAUAACAUCCGACUUCAAGCCAAGGCCCCAGAUGCUUUCAAAACUGGGAGGACUGCACAUGCUUUACUGGGCAUCCAAGCGCAAGGAGCCUGCUGUUCUCACAAUCUCAUUGAGGAAAUGAGCAGGCUGAGGAACUGACACCUCCCUAAGAGACAGAAAGACAGAGUGAGAGAAGAGAGGUUACAAAACCAUCUGCCAUUUUCCAAACCUGUGCUCACAUGACCCUCUCUGUGUUUGGAGCAAAGAGCAGAAGGUGGAGGUGUUUAGGAAAACUGCAGCUUAUUCGUUCAACAGAGAUUGUGCGUAAUCACUUGUGUGUUUCUGUUCAUGUCUUUACUCCAUUAAGUAUGUCGGUCUGUCUGUCUGUCUAUCUAUCCAUCUGUCUGUCUAUCUAUCUAUCCAUCUAUCUGUCUGUCUGUCUAUCUUAAAAAAUAUAUCCAUAUGAUGUAAACAUUAUACUUUAACAUGAUUUUAGUAUGAUAAAAUCGGUUGCAGGUUUUACCGGCAUUGUGUCAUCAUUGCAACAAAUAAGCAAUUUUGAAUAUGACUUUAAGCUGAUAAGGUUAGUAAGCAAUUUUAUCAUACUAAAAUCAUGUUGACAUGUAUAAUAUUUGCAUCUUGAGGCUAUACUUUUGAAACAGUGUGUAUUUUAACAUUUAUGGCUUGGCCCCAUUUGCUUCCACUGUAAACGGCUUUUUCAUUUGUUUUUUUAUAAACAAGGGACAGGUCAAAAUAUAUAUAUAUAUAUAUUUUUUUUUGUAAUCAGCAUUAAUCACCACAAAUUCUGUAAAUUGAGCUUAACUUGUAUUGAACAUGAAACAUUCCUUUAAACAAAUGCUGUAAAACUAUUGGAUUUUUCUUUCCUCCCCAAUUUGGAAUGCCAAAUCCCAAUGCGCUCCAAGUCCCUGUAGUGGCGUAGUGACUUACCUCAAUCUGGGACAAAUCUCAGUUGCCUCCGCGUCUGAGACCGUCAAUCCACGCAUCUUAUCACAUGGCUUGUUGAGCAGUUUACCACGGAGACGUAGCGCAUGUGGAUGCCCAUCCUAUUCUCCACAGCAUCCACGCACAACUCACUACGCGCCCCACCCAGAGCAAGAAACACACAUUAUAGCGACCACGAGGAGGUUACCCCAUGUGACUCUAUCCUCCCUAGCAACCGGGUCAAUUUGGUUGCUUAGGAGACCUGGCUGGAGUCACUCAGAAUGCCCUGGAUUCCAGGGGAGGUAGUCAGCAUCAAUACUCGCUGAGCUACCUGGCCCUCACAUUAGCUAAUGUUAACGUAUAAAACAUUAUUGUAAAUUGUUACCUAAAUAUAGUGAGGUACAUGUAUCAUGGAAUACAUAAUAGUUGUUAAUGACUGAAUUGAGUUACACUUCUUUCCAUCAGAUUGUUAUUCUUUCAUCCUGCUCUCUUUUUUCCCCUCUC